GCCCUCACCCCCGCCCUUUUCCCUCCUCGCGGCGGUGCCCGGGCGGCUCCGCGCAGGCAGCGCCGGUAGAAGAAGCCGCCGCCCCGCUGCAGCAGCCUGCGGCCCUCGGAGCGCCGACAGGAGUCAGACUGAAAAAUAAUGAAUUAAAGUGACUGACAUCAUGACAACCGUAAGGCAGAGAAGGGUUGGAAAAGGCACAGAACCAGCUGAGGACCAGCCUUCAGAGGAGGAGAAGAAUGUGAAGCCUGAUGGGAAGAUUCUGUCUGAUCAUACAGGUAGAAAGUUGUGGAACAUACUAUCAAUAACUGUUGGUGGAAUUGCUGCCAUCUCUCUUGGACUUCUCACGUCUGUUUAUGUUGCUACACUGCAUGAAAAUGACCUGUGGUUUUCCAAUAUUAAGGAAGUUGAAAGAGAAAUUUCGUUCAGAACAGAAUGUGGACUUUAUUAUUCCUACUACAAACAGAUGAUUCAGGCUCCAUCCAUCCAGCAAGGUUUACAUGGUUUAGUAUAUGACAAUAAAACUGAAUCUGUGAGGACAAUUAACAUACUUGAAAGAAUGAAUGUUUACCAGGAGGUGUUUCUCAGCAUUCUGUAUAGGAUUCUUCCAAUUCAGCAAUACCUAGAGCCCGUUUAUUUUUAUAUCUACACUUUGUUUGGACUUCAGGCAGUUUAUGUCAUUGCUCUGUAUGUAACAAGCUGGCUUCUUAGUGGAACAUGGCUUUCAGGGUUGUUGGCAGCUUGCUGGUACAUUACAAACAGAAUAGAUACUACAAGAGUAGAAUUCACCAUCCCUUUAAGAGAGAACUGGGCACUACCAUUCUUUGCUGUUCAGAUAGCAGCCAUUACAUACCUACUCAGAGCUCAUUUACAGCCUGUUCAAGAAAAAUUGACACUUGUGGCUGUGUUCAUGGCAACAUUUCUCUUUAGCCUGACUUGGCAAUUUAAUCAGUUUAUGAUGCUGAUACAAGCAUUGGCAUUAUUCAUACUGGACUGUUUUGAUAUGCUUCCCACAGCAAAGGUUACAUGGCUCUAUAUCAUCCAGAUUUCUGGAUUACUGCUAGUCUGUGUCCUACAGUUCUUUAAUUCUAUGAUUCUUGGAUCAUUACUUAUAAGUUUUAAUACUUCUGUCUUGAUAGCAAGAACAAUCCAGAAAAAUCUAAAAAGGGGCAGCUUGCUCAAUAGGCUUGGGAAGCUUAUCCUCCAUGUGCUGUUAGUCUUGUGCUUGACUCUUACAAUAAAUAAAUUCAUCAAGAAAAUUCUUAAUCUUGAGUCAGAUGAACAUAUAUUCAAAUUCCUGAAAGCAAAAUUUGGAUUUGGGGCAACAAGAGAUUUUGAUGCCAACCUGUAUCUUUGUGAAGAAGCUUUUGGUUUACUACCAUUAAAUACUUUUUCAAGACUCUCAGAUACAUUACUUUUUUAUGUCUACAUAUUUGUUCUGUUCCUUAUGACAAUAGGAGCUGUAAUUGUUGCCUUUCAGAAUCUCAGUGGUUCAACUCAAGUUGAUUCCAUGGAAACAAUGGAAGAAUGCACAGUAACACUGAAACCUGAUGCUGCUUACAACUUAAUUCACACAGUUCUCUUUGGAUGCCUGGCAUUAAGCACAAUGAGAAUGAAGUACCUCUGGACAUCCCACAUGUGUGUUUUUGCAUCUUUUGGCCUGUGCAGCACAGAAGUCUGGAGACCUAUCCUGAGGUGUAUUCAUCUCUACACUUCCCAAAGGAUGCAUGUGAUUAAGUAUUCUCUACCCAUAGUUACAUUGCUAUACAUUUCAUAUAAGUUCUGGCCAGGAAUAAUGGAUGAAUUGUCAGAGCUGAGAGAAUUCUAUGACCCAGACACUGUGGAGCUGAUGAACUGGAUUAAGUCAAACACUCCAAACACAGCAGUGUUUGCUGGGAGCAUGCAGCUAUUAGCAGGAGUCAAACUCUGCACUGGACGGACCUUAACUAAUCAUCCCCAUUACGAGGAUAAGAAUCUAAGAGAGAGAACAAAACAGAUUUAUCAGAUCUAUGCCAAGAGAUCUCCUGACGAUGUUUACAGAAUACUGCGAUCCUUUGGCACAGACUACGUGAUCCUAGAAGACAGCAUUUGUUAUGAAAGAAGGCACAGUAGAGGCUGUCGGCUACGUGACUUACUAGAUAUAGCUAAUGGCCAUAUCAUGGAUGGUUUGGGAGAGAAUGAACCUGAUCUGAAACCUUCCUUGUAUCCUCGCUUCUGUGAGGAAAUUAAAAGGAAUCUGCCUUCUUACACCACACACUUCACUAGAGUGUUUCAAAACAAAACAUUCCAUGUUUACAAACUUGCUAAGCAUAAAUAACGUUUUCAACCAUGGCUUCAAGUUCAGUAUUUUAGUGCCAGGAUUCACAGUAGAAGAUGCAGAAGAAGUUUACAAAGAUGUGGCAUUUGUAAGACAUUUUACAUAGACAGUUCCUUGCUUAAUUACUUUGACUGGUUUUAUUUCUUUUUUUUUAGACAGUUUAGUUCUUACAACAUUCUUGAUGUUGGCAACAUUUUCAUAGAUCCAUAAAUAAAUGCUAGCAGGGACCAUUUUGAUUAGAAGAUCUGACCUUCUGUAUACCUAGGGUAUAAUUGUUUUCCAGUUUGAACUGAUUGGAAGACAUACAAAAUGAGCAGCCUGCAUGACCACUGCAGAACAGGUGGCCUGUGAAGUUCUGCUUGGCAGUUUGGAUUUUUAGCAUAAAAUGGUAGAAAUGCAGUGAAAGCAGGCCAUGCUGCUCCUGUAGGAGUAUGCAUUGCCUUUGUGAAUCCUGAAAAUAGUCACAAAUUUUGACUUUUGUCUUACAGCCUGAUCCUCUUUGACUGCUCUUUCAGUGCCUCUUUUUUGAAUUCUUUGGGAGUGUAUGCAGAUGUGAGUUUCCAAGCUUGUGAGUGUGAUUGCAGAAUCAGCACACCUUUGAUGAGUAAAACAGUCGUCGUCCAACAUUGUAGUGAUACAGAAACAUACUGUUUGUAACAUUAAGCAUUUAAUGAUGGAGUGUUACGUGUUUCUGAUGAGAGUUAGGGGUAGAGCAUGCUUGAUACACAUUGCAUGUUUGUAUCCUUGUAAAAUCCCAUAACAAACAAAAAACCCCCAAAUUUCUCAGCUUGGAUUCUCAGAAAACUAAUUUCUGUGUUUGCUUUCUGAACUACAGGGGAUCCUUUUCUCCCCAGUAGGCUGCCAAAAUUGAGCACUGCCAACCUUAUAAAAUAAAAAACUCAUCUCUAAAAUCAGAGAGAAAUGUAGGUAUUUUAUCUAUGUUCAAGCAUUGGAGUUUUGCUCUAACUCAUUUUAGACACAAAGCUAUAUAUUUUAGCACAAAGUCAUUGUGUCCUUGCUCUUUAUCCUAAGAAAUGGACUAGAGUUAUUUUCAGUUCUCUUUGAGGAUGAAGUGAACAGGCCACAAUCCUGAGAAUUUUGUCAUUUGUUUGUACUCUUUGUCUUU